AUGGAUAGUGGUAAAAUAAACUGCAUAGUCUUUCUUGAUGUUAGAAAUGCCUUCGACUCCAUAAAUCAUGAAAUCCUGAUUGAUAAAAUGCGUAAUUUUUUCGGAGCAACAGGAAAGCAACUAAGAUCGUUCGAAUCAUACCUGAAUAACAGAGUUCAACAAUGUCUUAUAAACGGACAACUAUCGAGCCCAAAAAAGAUAAUAUGCGGAGUUCAACAGGGGUCCAUCCUUGGUCCUCUAUUAUUUUUAUUAUACAUAAAUGAUAUUGCUGAUUCGUUAAGUCACUUAACUCCUUCACUGUAUGCUGAUGACACGGAAAUUUAUGCAUCUUCUAAUGACUGCGCUGACCUUGUCGACAACGACGACAAGGUAAAUAUUGAUCUCGAAAACAUACCCAUGCAAAUGGAUGAUACACAAUAA